AUGUUCAAUGAUGCAGCUACGCAACACAAUGAUCCAAUAGUGCUCAAACUAUCAUCACUAAUAGAAAUUAGAUUAUCACAACUUAAAUACUUUACAUUUUUAAUAAUUGGAAUAGCUUUGUUAUGGCCAUGGAAUUGUUUCUUGUCAGCCUCAGCGUAUUAUGGUACAAGAUUUAUCAACUCACCGUCAUUAAUUAAAAUUUAUAGUUCAACUAUGAUGUCAGUAUCUACUAUCACUUCAGCAAUUUUCAACUAUGUAUUAUCACAACAACAAACUGGUGUAAACUAUAAAAAUAGAGUCAAGUUUGGUUUCAAUAUGACUAUAGUUAUUUUUGUAUUCAUGGCUAUUACAUGUAUAACUCAAAUUUUCAUAGAUAUGAAUGAUAAAUUAUUUUUUGCAAUUUUAAUGAUUAUGGUAUUGUUAUCAGCUGCUGCUACUUGUUUUGCACAAAAUGGUACAAUGGCUAUAGUUAAUGUUAUGGGUAGUAUUUAUGCAAAUUCUGUAAUGGUUGGUCAAGCAGUUGCUGGAGUGUUACCUUCCUUAGCUUUAAUUUUUUCAAUUUUGGCUGUUGGUGAUAAGACUUUGAAAGAACAUAAGGUUGAAAAAGAUUUUGGUGUUUUUAUUUAUUACAUUACUGCAAGUUUAGUUUGUAUCUUAUCUAUUAGCUUGUUAUAUUUGGUGAACAAGUAUAAGGAACAUACGGUCUACGAAAGAUUAGAUGAAUUAAUUGAAGAAGAACAUGGUACUACUGAAGUAGAACAAGAAUUAGAAGAAGAAGAAGAACCAGUAACUCAAAAGCAAUUUGUUCCAUUUUCACAAUUAUGGUCAAAAUUAAGUCUCAUUGUAAUGACUAUAUUCUUAACAUUUUCAAUAACUUUAGCAUUCCCAGUUUUUGCAUCUGUAGUGGAAUCAACUAGCGAUCAAUCAAGUUAUAAAUUUUUCAAUAAACAAAUUUAUAUUCCUUUCAUUUAUCUUAUUUGGAAUCUUGGGGAUUUAUUAGGUAGAGUAUUAUGUGGAUACCCAAAAUUAAAAAUGUUAAUUACAAAUCCAAAAGUUUUAAUAAUUUAUUCUAUAUCAAGAUUAGUUUUCAUCCCAUUAUUUUUAACAUGCAACACUAAACCAGGAGUUUCAAUACCUCUCAUAAACUCAGAUAUUUGGUAUAUCUUAUUACAAUUAUUAUUUGGAAUAUCUAAUGGUCAAUUAUGUACUUCAUCAUUUAUGAUUGUUGGUAAAUUUUGUGAUAAUGAUGAUGAAAAAGAAGCAGCUGGUGGAUUUACGACUGUUUUUUUGAGUUUUGGAUUAAUGGCUGGUUCUGUUUUUAGUUAUUUGUUAGUUUUAUUUAUAAGUUAG